UGCUGCCGCGACCUCAAGGCCGAGGACCGCCAUCUGCUCAACCCGGACAUUGUGCGCGACAUUAUCAUCGGCCUCAGCGACGGCCUGACGGUGCCGUUUGCGCUCACGGCCGGCCUCAGCGGCAUCGGCUCGAGCCGCAUCGUGGUGGUCGCUGGCAUGGCCGAGCUGGUGUCCGGUGCCAUCUCGAUGGGAGUCGGCGGCCUGCUCAGUGCGCAGGCCGAGGUGCAGCACUACCGCUUCCAGUCGCGCGCCACGUCUGAGCGUGUGCGCCGCUCGUGCUCGGGCGAGAUGGAGCGCGAGGUCAUCGAGAUCCUCGGCCCGUACGGCGUGCCCGCCGAGCUGGCUUCUCAGGUUGCCGCGCGGCUGCAGCGUGUUGAGGCCGACGAGUGCGGCACGCCGGUCGGCGAGCUCCCCCCGCCUGCCGCCGCUGCGGUGCGCAGCGACGGCCUCACGGGCCCGAGCCGCGGCCUGACGCCGUUCAUCCUGCGCCUCGGCGAGCACCUCGAGGAGGUCGAGGACGCGCGUGUGUGGCAGAGCGCGCUGGUCAUCGGUGCGAGCUACUUCAUUGGCGGCUUCAUCCCGCUUCUGCCGUACAUCUUCAUCCCCGCCGUGCACGUCGCGCUGAUCUGGUCGAUCGUGAUCACGGGCGUCAUCCUGCUGCUCUUCGGCGUCGCCAAGCAGCAGUUCACCGGCGGCGCCAGCGACGCCAAGGGCCUGGCCUGGGGCGCCAUCUCGACGCUGCUCGUCGGCGCCUCUGCCGCCGCGGCGUCGUUUGGCAUCGUGCGCGCGCUCGAGGGCUGA